UGAGAGCUAAAAUUCCAUAACACUUCAAGGUCGUAAUUUAGAUUUGUCAAAUUUCAAAAAUGUUCAGUUUGUAUUUUUAUUUUAUAACUGACAUUUUUAUUUUAUAAUUUGUAUUUUGUUGUAACGUGUCAAUGAAUAAUAUUAUUGUCAAUCACUCGUAAAUCAUUACGUUUUUAGAUUUAAAAAAAAAAUUUUUUUGACAUUAACACACAUUAACAUUUUCAAGUAAAUUGCCUGCAAUACCGACCCUCUCUCGUUUAUGGUUCCCCGCAACGAAUGUCGAAUUCGUCGACACAUCAAGCUUCGUUGCCUAAAGCCCUAAAGUAACGUUUAAAAAAAUCAUCAUCCACGUGUGCAUGUGUGUAUUUUGAUUGAUCACGUUUUGAUAAAUAACUAUAAUAAAUAAUAGACAAAACUAGCUAAUUAAUAAUGGCAAAAGGACGAAGAAAUAAGGGUCGUAAAAAUCCUGCAAAGAAACGUACUGAUGAUCAAAAGGAUAAAAAUGGAUGGGAUAGCAGAGGUCAAAGCUACGUUGAAAUUGUUCGUGAAAAUAAAGAUUUUGAAUUAUAUUAUAAAACUCAAGGUAUUGUAUCAGAAUCAGACUGGGAUUCAUUUAUAAAAACAAUGCAAGAAGAUUUACCAGCAGCAUUUCGUAUAACUGGAUCAAAAUCAGAGACAAAAGCACUUCUUAAUAUAAUUAAAACUAAUUUUUUUGAAAAAGAAACAGACAAAAAAGUUGAAACAUUAGGUGAUGAUGAUAAUAAAGACAAAGAUGAAACAUCAUUAGAGCCUGAAAAAGUAAAACCAAAAUGUUUACCAUUUUAUCCAGAUAAUUUAGCUUGGCAAUUACAAUUAACACGUAAAGAUAUUCGUCGUUCAGAAGAAAAUUUUCGUCUCCAUAAUUUUUUAAUAACUGAAACAAAUGCUGGAAGUAUCAGUAGACAAGAAGUUGUAAGUAUGAUUCCACCAUUGGUACUUGAUGUUAAACCAUCACAUAAAGUAUUAGAUAUGUGUGCUGCACCUGGAUCAAAAACAGCUCAACUUAUUGAACUUAUUCAUGCAGAUGAAAGUAUACCUCAUCCUGAAGGUUUUGUUAUUGCUAAUGAUGUAGAUAAUAAUCGUUGUUACAUGUUGGUACAUCAAGCUAAACGUCUUAAUAGUCCAAAUAUACUUAUUACAAAUCAUGAUUCAUCAAUUAUGCCAAAUUUUAAAGUAACAAAUGCUGAUGGUACAAAAGGUAUUCUUAAAUUUGAUAGAAUACUUGCUGAUGUUCCUUGUACUGGUGAUGGUACAAUGAGAAAAAAUCCAGAUAUUUGGUGUAAAUGGAAUCCAGCAAUGGGUAAUAAUCUUCAUGGUAUACAAUUUAGAAUUGCUAAAAGAGGAUUAGAAAUGUUAGCUAUUGGUGGAAAAAUGGUUUAUUCAACUUGUUCAUUAAAUCCAAUUGAAAAUGAAGCUGUACUUCAUAGAAUUCUUCAAGAAGCUGGUGAUUCUGUAAGAAUACUUGAUGGUAGAAAAUAUGUACCAGGUUUAAAAUGUAAUCCUGGUGUAACACACUGGUUACCUGGUACCAAAGAUAUGGUAUUUUAUAAAAGUUGGGAUGAAGUACCACAACAAUGGCAUACACAAAUUCGUCCAAAUAUGUUUCCACCAAAACCUGAAGAUGCUGAUAAAUAUAAUCUUGAUAAAUGCAUUAGAAUAUUACCAAAUCAUCAAGAUACUGGUGGUUUUUUUGUUGCUAUAUUAGAAAAAAUAAAAUUAUUACCUUGGGAAAGUUCAAAUGAUAAUAAAAAUACUGUUAAUUCUAAGGAAGUUAAAGAAACAGAAAAACAAGAUGAAUCAAAAGAAGAAAAAGUUGAUGAAAAUAUUGAUGAAAAUAAUGAAAAACGUAAACUUGAUGAACAAGAAAAAGAAGAAGAUACUAAAAAUAUUUGUCCUAAAAAACCAAGACUUGAAGAUAGCAAUACAUUAUCACAAGGUAAAAAAAAACGUGUAUUAGGCUUUCGUGAAGAUCCAUUUGUAUUUUUUAAAGAUGAAAAUGAAGAUGUAUUUCCAUCAAUAAAAAAAUUCUACGAUAUUUCUGAUAAAUUAGAUCCAAAAUGUUUACUUGUUAGAUGUCGUGAAGGAAAAAAAAAAAAUAUAUACUUUGCAUCACCAGCUAUAAGAGAUAUAUUAUUAUUAAAUGAAAGUAAUGUUAAAAUGAUUAACAGUGGUGUUAAAACAUUUGUACGUUGUGAUAAUAAAAAUAUGCAUUGUGCAUUUAGACUUGCACAAGAGGGUCUUCAUAGUGUAAUACCAUUUAUUGGUGAAUCAAGAAAAAUUAAAAUUGACAAAGAAGAUUUAAUAUCAUUACUUGAAAAUGAUAAUCCACGUGAGCCACCAGAAAUAACAAAAUUAAGUGAAGAAUUACAAAAAAGAACAGUUGGUAUACCAUCUGGUAGUUGUAUUCUUAUGUAUGAAGAUAAAAACAAUGAUGAUUCUGAACCUUUUAAAAUGCAAUUGGUUGGAUGGAGAGGAACAAUGUCAUUAAGGGCAUAUAUUCCUUCACAUGAUUUAGUUCAUUAUCUACGACUUCUUGGUGCUGAUUGUUCAAAAUAUGAGAAAAAUAAAUUUGAAGUCAGUAGAAAUGCUAUCAAAGAACAAGAAGGAAAUAAUGAAGCUGAAAAAAAUGAUAAAGAAGAUGAAGAAAAAAAUAUUGAUGCUGAAAUUAUUACAGAAAAAAAGACAGAAAAAUUAGAUAAUAUGGAAUGUGAAAAAAUGGAUGAAACUGUUUAAAUUUUAUAUAUUUUUUUUUUUAUCAUAUUGAGCACGAUUUUUCUCUUCAUUUUAUUAUAAUUUAUCUACAAAUUUAUAUUUUGUAAUUAAUGACGGAAUAAAAAUUCAAUUAAAUUUUUAAUUUAAUUGAUGGAUAAUUAUA